AUGGGUUGUAUUUCUUCAAAACAUACCUCAGAUUCCUCUACUAGGGGUAUAGGUUCAGAAGUAUCCGAAAAAAAACCAAUUAAUUACAAAUAUCCUUUUCCAGAAAAUGUUUAUGGAGAAGAUAGGUUAGUACUGCAACAUUAUUUAUUUAGAUAUAUUUGGCAAAGCAAUUUUUCUUCUCCAAUCGAAGAAUCACUUAAAACUCCAGGCAAAAAAGUCAUAGAUGUUGGAUGUGGGAGUGGAUCUUGGAUAUUAGAUAUGUCCAAAGAAUAUCCGGAUGCAAGUUUUAUUGGGAUUGAACAAGAUGAAAAGACGUUUCCAACCAUAGAUGACAAACCUAAAAAUGUAUCAUUUCAAAAAUGUGAUUUAACAAAAGAACUUCCAUUUGAGGACAAUUCGAUCGAUUUUAUUCAUAUGAGUUUUAUGACUUCAGAGAUUCUAGAAAAAGAAUUGGAAGUAAAGAUUUUACCAGAUUUGAUUAGAAUUUUAAAACCAGGAUGUUAUAUAGAAAUAAUGGAUAUUGACGCUGAGGGUAAAAACGAAGGACCAUCUACACAAAUUCUAAUGUCUUCAAUUCGAUCGUACUACAAGUCUAAAGGAUUCAAUCCCCUUAUAACAUCCAGAUUAGAGCCAUUAUUGAAAUCAACAGGCUUAUUAUCAGAUGUUAAUUCAGAAGAAUUGUUUCAUCCUUUAGGUAGUUGGGAUGAAAAAAUAGGAGAAAUAGCUUUAAAAGAUUGGUCCCAAGCACUCAAUCAAUUAAAGGCCACCUUGGCACCAUUCAUGAAUUUAAAUGAAGACGAGUAUCGUGAAUAUGUCAGAUCUUUCAGAAAUGAGGAGGUUUUUUUUUAUUGA